CAGGGCGCGAUGGUGCGGCGCGUGGCCGUCGUGGGCGCCGGCGUGAGCGGGCUGGCUGCCAUCAAGUGCUGCCGGGAAGAGGGGCUGGAGCCCACCUGCUUCGAGAGGAGCGAGGACAUCGGCGGGCUGUGGCGCUACGCAGAGCAUGCCGAGGAGGGCCGAGCCAGCAUCUACCGCACGGUCUUCACCAACUCCUGCAAAGAGAUGAUGUGCUACCCUGACUUCCCCUUCCCUGAUGAUCACCCCAAUUACAUGCACAACACGAAGCUCCAGGAGUAUAUCUGGAAGUUCGCCGAGCACUUUGAUCUGCUCCGGCACAUCCGCUUCAAGACUCUGGUCACCAAAAUAAAAAAACGCCCUGACUUUUCUGUUACGGGCCAAUGGGAUGUGGUUACGGAAAAGGAAGGGAAGAAAGAGACGGAGGUGUUUGAUGCUGUUAUGAUCUGUUCUGGGCAUCACGUCUACCCAAAUUUCCCCGCUGCCAGCUUCCCAGGCAUACAGAAGUUUAAAGGCAGCUAUUUCCACAGCCGAGAGUACAAGGAGCCAGAAAAAUUCAGAGGGAAGAAAGUGCUAGUGAUAGGCUUGGGCAACUCAGGCUGUGACAUUGCUGCAGAGCUCAGCACUGUGGCAUCACAGGUCUACGUGAGCUCCAGAAGUGGUUCGUGGGUAAUGAGUCGUGUUUGGGAGCACGGUUACCCAUGGGAUAUGAAGAUCGUCACUCGCUUCCAGACCUGGCUGGGGACCGUCCUUCCCAGGGCACUCAGUGACUGGUUGUAUGUGAGGAGAAUGAACUGGCCAUUCAAGCAUGAGAACUUUGGCCUCAUGCCACUAGAUGGGACUCUCCGUAAAGAGCCAGUGUUCAAUGAUGACCUCCCAAGCCGCAUUGCAUGUGGUGUUGUGGUGGUGAAGCCUAAUGUGAAGGAAUUCAGAGAAACAUCUGUCUUGUUCCAAGAUGGGACCGUGCAGGAAGAUGUGGAUGUGGUCAUCUUUGCUACUGGCUACAGCUUUUCCUACCCUUUCAUGGAGGAUGACUCCAUCAUCAAAGUCAAGGACAAUGUCACUCUUUACAAAAGCAUCCUCCCUCCUCAGCUGGAGAAGCCAACCUUGGCAGUCAUUGGACUAGUCCAAUCCCUUGGAGCCAUCAUCCCUACAUCAGAUCUCCAGUGUCGCUGGGCAGUUAAGGUGUUUCAGGGGCUGUGCAAACUGCCUUCAAUGAGUGAGAUGAUGGACGACAUUGAUGAGAAGUCAGGGAAGAAGCUCAAAUGGUAUGGGAGCAGCAACACUCUGCAGAUGGAUUAUGUCACCUACAUGGAUGAGCUGGCCACUGCCAUUGGUGUAAAACCCAACCUGCUCAAGCUGCUGUUGACAGACCCACGGCUGGCACUGGAGGUCUUCUUUGGCCCUUGCACUCCUUAUCAGUUUCGGCUGAUGGGGCCAGGAAAGUGGAGCGGUGCCCGGAGAGCCAUCCUAACACAGUGGGACCGGACGCUGGGCGUCACACGGACACGGGUGGCCCCUACCACCUCUGUGACCUUCCCCAUUCUGGUGAUGCUGAAGAUGCUCUUCCUCCCGCUACUCCUUGUGGCCAUCCUCGCUGCCUUUUACUGUUAGGAGAUGCUUGAUGAGGAGCUGCCAUGUGGCAAGUGGUGUUACCCUGAAACAGUCCAUGAAGUCUUGACCAAUGGAUAAAAUGCCAUCUCUAUGGCAUAAAGUCUUCUUAGACUUGGAAGCCUUCUCAGCUGGGUCUAGGGCAGCGUGUAAAUCCUGAGUCUAGUAACGCUGGUUAUUUUAUUCCUCAAAACAUGGCCCAGAAAUGGGUUCACAGGUUUUAAAUCUCUCCAUCUCCCAUCUCCUUUCCCAGUGAAAGCCUGGAGCUAACAUGUUUGUUUUGCUGUGAAGCCUGUCCUUUGGGUGAAACUAGCUCAGUUUAGUCGGUACCUCUGAUAAAUAAAUGUUCUCAUAAAUAAA